GUCCUCGACGGCGGUACCGGUUUCCUCAAGGUCGGAUACGCGGGCCAAAACUUCCCCGAGCACCAGUUCCCCUCCAUCGUCGGUCGACCCAUUCUACGAAGCGAAGAGAAGACGGACAGCAAUGUAGUCAUCAAGGACAUUAUGUGCGGUGACGAGGCGGCCGCGGCGCGCACCAUGCUCCAGAUCACCUACCCGAUGGAGAACGGUAUAGUGAAGCGAUGGGACGACAUGCAGCACCUCUGGGACUUCACCUUCAAUGAGAAACUCAAGGUCGACACGCAGGGACAGAAGAUCCUGCUGACAGAGCCGCCCAUGAACCCGCUGAAAAACAGGGAGCAGAUGUGCGAGGUCAUGUUUGACCGCUAUGGCUUCGGCGGUGUGUACGUCGCGAUCCAGGCUGUCCUUGCUCUGUAUGCGCAGGGCCUGAGCUCCGGUGUCGUCGUCGACUCGGGCGAUGGCGUCACGCACAUUGUCCCUGUCUACGAAUCCGUCGUUCUCAACCACCUCACGAAGCGUCUCGACGUGGCUGGCCGCGAUGUCACCCGCAACCUCAUCAAGCUGCUCCUCCGCCGCGGCUAUGCCCUGAACCGCACCGCCGAUUUCGAGACGGUUCGACAAAUCAAGGAGAAGCUGUGCUACGUCUCCUACGACCUGGAGCUGGACAAGCACCUCAGCGAGGACACCACCGUUUUGGUGGAGAACUACACGCUCCCUGACGGCCGUGUCAUUCGUGUAGGAAGCGAGCGUUUCGAGGCACCCGAGUGUCUGUUCCAGCCCCACCUGGUAGACAGCGAGUCACCGGGCCUGGGCGAGUUCCUCUUCAACACGAUCCAGUCCGCCGAUGUCGAUAUUCGAUCGUCUCUUUUCAAGGCCAUUGUCUUGUCCGGAGGCAGCAGCAUGUACCCCGGUCUGCCGUCACGACUCGAGAAGGAGCUGAAGCAGCUGUGGCUCACAAGGGCGCUACAGGGUAACCCUGAGCGGUUGUCGAAGUUCAAGGUCAGGAUCGAGGAUCCCCCGCGGAGAAGGCACAUGGUGUUCCUGGGAGGUGCCGUGCUUGCCAACAUCAUGGCGAAUAACGAGAGCAUGUGGGUGACCAAGGCUGAGUGGGACGAGCAAGGUCCGCGUGUGCUCGAGAAGCUGGGGCCACGAUAGAGAGUUGUUUGUUAGAGCGAGGGAGAGCGAGUCUAUAGUUGUCCUUGUCCACGUAUUUCACCAGGGAAAAGAAACAAUACAUCUUCAAGCACAGGCAAGAGCACCACUGUCUCACGUUCAGCCAAUGUAGAUUAUCAAAGUCACUAACUUGUACGGAGGACGGCGUUAAAAGUUUUUGGUCGCUAAGACGCUAGAAGAUUAGGGAUUAGCUAGACCCAUGGAAUUUUUGCACCACAUUAAGUGUAAAUCUACUAGGCCGACUUUCCCCUUACUAUCGAACGUUAUUAUGAUUAAUAAAAUAUAAUUAUUUUUUCUUUUGAAGCCGACUGUGAAGAUACCGUAUACCUGUGACGUUCGGGUUAGACUAGCUAUAGGGUAGGUAGAUCUGAG